AUGCUGCAGCGCCCAUGCAGCCUGAUCAGGCGGAAAACCCUCCCUGUCGAUUCCAUCCUCAUGGAGACGGUCUUGUGGAUUCUCAGAAUAGAAGCACAGGAGAAGAUGCGGAAUGGAAUCGCCAACUUCAACUGGACAUGCUCAAACGGGAGAAUGAAGAAGCUUCGAAACCAUUCGGACAUCAACCUCGAUCAGAACCUGGAGACAAGCACGCACUCGGCGUACCUGGAUGAAGUCAACCGCGCUGGGAGCACUCAUGGCAUUGACGGUCUUGUGCAGGAGCUGUGCGUCAUGCCAGUGGCAAAGAAGAGAAAGGUCCCACAAGUUAAGGAAGUUCUGCUUGUGUUCGAAGGCGAUCUCGAGGACUGCGACAAGUCGAGCAUCUGUGCGAAACUUCUUCACCUGAAGCGACUUCUUCAUCGACGACUCGAGUCUCGACUCGCUCCAUCCCCCGACGCCAUGAACUCACUCAUGCAUGUCCUCUUCAGUGUACAUAAGAUGUCUCCUCCUACCCCAAAUGAGCGAAUCAGGGUUCAAGUUUCAAGCAAGGUGACGGAAGCGGCGAAGGAGCAGCUCAUGAAAGAAAUCAUUUGCCUUCUCUCCUUCACUCAAGGCCUCACUAUCAACAAAGACGCCGUGACCUUCGUUGAGCUACAAGAGGAGGGAGAGGAAUUCCAUCGCUCCUGCUGCCGACAGGUUGACUCGAAGCCGGCCAAGGUGCAGGUAGUGAUCACGUCAUUCAAUCACGGGCUGGAGGGAGAGGUGAGGAUCGAGGACGCGACCUUGACGGAGCUCUGUGAGGUGGAGAGCAUCUCCUGGCAGAAGUUCUUCGGCAAAUACGUCAACCUGGGGUGGGUCAACAAGGACGUGUACCGCCUGGACAGCAACGAGCGGACUAUCAUCUGCAGCAGGGAGAAGCGCUACGGCGACAUCUGCCUCUACUACCCUGCUCACCUCGAGCCUUUCUUCAUGGACAAGGCUCUCCGGCAGACGCUAGAGCCUGGGAACCUCCUGCACAGCCUCCUGGCCGACCACAUUGACGCGAUUCACUUCGAGGAGUGGCGGGCGGGCAGCAUCCUUGUCCCUGUCAAGAUGGCUUCGUGGAUCGCCGAGUCUCUCUGGGAGCUCGCGAGGACGGACGACCCCUGGUUGUGCUUCCUCCGCCAUGGCCCCCACAGACUCAUCGGCUUCCAACUCGACGAGUGGAGAUGCGCCCUGGGGGCAGGAGCCGGGGGAUUGCAGUCCGGGGAGAGGAUGGCGAGCCUGUACUUUGAGCAGGAGAGACAGCAGGAGCUGAUCAGGCGCAAGAUCUCAGCCCUCGAGAGGCUGUUCAGCUGCAAGCAGUUCGUCUCUCACAUCGAGGCCUACACGUUGCGCUUGAGCUCGCAGGCGGAAGAUUUAUGCGGGGGCAUCAGCCUCAAGGAUCAAGACACGCGCACGUUGGACGCGCUCUCCUCGCACCUGAAGCGCUUGAGCCUGGAGUGCGAAAGCUGCAUCGACAGAGCAAUGGAUGCCAUCCAGGUCCAUUCGAGCUUACACCAGAGGCUGCACUCACAACAAGUCAACGUUGAGAGGAGCACGGAAACAAAGUUGACCUUCGCCAUGGUAAAGGAGCUCGAAGAUGGUCUUCAGGCAAAUCGAGUUCAGCAGGAGAGGCUUGUGAAUCUCUGGCUGGGUCAGCACGAACUUAUGCGAUCUGAGCUUCAGAGGCUCCUCAUCAUGGCGAACUCAGCGGCGUCAGCGGAGAUAGGGUUGGUUGCUCUUCAGGCGAGGUUUCAAGACUACAUCGCGUUCCUCGCCGAGCACGAGGCUGUAGAGGACACCAUGCUCUUUCCCAUGGUCAAGUCGCUCUUUCCUCAGAGUGCCAGAGACGUCGAUCGCAUCCUCGACCCCGAGCGUCACAAGUCAGUCGAUGACGUCAAUGCCGGAGUUGGGAAACUUCUGCAGCAGCUGCACGAUCGCUACAGUGCGGGAGACUUCGAGCAGCUGUCAAACCAUGAAAUGCAGGGAGUCGUGGAUGCUCUGGAGCGGCUCAACGACUACAUGGUCGGGCACAUUCGAUAUGAGGAGGAAGCGACGAUGCCUUGGCUGGAACACGUUGGGACCACGAGGAGACCUCCGAUUGCUGUGUGA